CAAGCACAACCAAUCCAGAUAUUUAUUAUUAUAAAAAAUAUAUCCCUGUUAGACAGGCUACACAAUAUAUCCAUAUAUCCAUCCUAAGGUUAGCUACUAGAUAUACGCAAACACAUAAUCAACCAUCAUGGGAAAGGCCAAAAACAACAAGAAGAAACCUCAGCGUAAAUCGCCGUUGCCUAUGCCCACAGCUGAUGAAGUUAUGCAAGACGCUGAGCAAACCGCAAGUCACGAUGAUAAUGGUAACCUAGAGGGCGAAUUAUUGGACUUAACUAUUAAGCUUAAACAGACCGAGAAUAUCGAGGCUCGUGUGUAUGCAUGUGGAUCUAUUGCGUACAUGCUAUCGCAAGCCAGCUCUGAUAAUAAGAUAUAUUCCGCACUGGUGCAGAGUGGAAGUCUAUUGACGCUCGUCGAAUUGCUAGAUUCGGACGACCACGACUUAAGGCUAGUUGUAGAGACAGAGUAG